AUGGACAAGAUGAUGGUAGACCUCAAGGCGGAGCAGGCAGAGGAGGUCCAGUUGAAGGCCUACUGCCUGAAGGAGCUCCGCGCCAACGAGAAGAUGAACUACACCAAGACUGAGGAGAAGGAAGACCUCGAGGCCAAGAUCGAGUCCCUCGAGGACGCCAUCAGGGCGUACGAGAAGGAGAUCGAGGAGGCCCAGGCGAAGGUCGCGGACAACAAGAAGGCGAUGCUGUCCGCGAGCCAAACACGCGAGGCAGAGAACAAGGAGUUCCAGACGGUGGUCGCGGACGAGCGCGCAGCGCAGGCCAUCCUGAACAAGGCCCUCGGGGCGCUAAAGAGCUUCUACGACAAGCAGGCGCUGCUCCAGCAGCGCCAGGGCGAUUCGCAGACCCCGCCGGUGCAGUUCACCAAGUACAGCAAGAACGCGGGCUCCGUCUCCGUGAUGGGGCUGAUCGAGCAGAUCAUUGGGGACUCCGAGGCGCUCGAGAAGGAGUCGAUCGCCGCGGAGGCGCAGGCGCAGACCGACUACGAGAAGUUCGCCAAGGACACCACGGCCGAGAACAAAGCGCUCGGCGAGCUCAUCGUCGUCAAGACGAAGGCCAUCGCCUCUUCAGAGGUCGAGAAGAGCGACAGCGAGGCUACGCACGGGGCCACCGUGGACGAGCUGGAGUCUCUGGCGCAGGCCAACGCCGACCUCCACGGCGAGUGCGACUUCACGCUGAAGAACUUCGACAUCCGCCAGGCCGCGCGCCUGCAGGAGGUCGAGGCGAUCCAGAAGGCAAAGGCCUUCCUCUCGGGCGAGGACAAGUCCGGCCUCGUCCGGCAGUGA